AACUAUCAGUGUGUACAACAACGCUGGUCGGUAAUAACAAAUCUGAAAAGCACACUGAAGUUUGGAAGGAGUACAUUGAUCUCAUUUAAUUUUCAAGCUUCCCUAAGAACAUUUCCAAUAUAUUUAAUUAAGGACAGAUUGAUUUCAGCUGUCAGACCGGCUUCCCCCCUCCCCCAUUAACUUUUUGCGCGAGAUCCACGAUCCCAGUGCAGUGCAACGCAUGUGUUCUGUGUCUAGUGAAUUUCCAACCUCUCCAACAACAUGGUCGUAAUGAAAGCUUCAGAAGAUACGAAACCUCGUGGUAAAAAUGCCUCGAAAAAUCAAGAUAAAGCCUUACUCGUGGCUCAGGAGAUCUCGUUUGCGAAAAUUCUUGCUGGAAACGAUAAGAAAUUGAGAGACAGAGGCGUAAAACGUCUCAAAAAAUGGUUGAAUGCUCGGUCGAACAGUGAAUCUGCUCUGGAGAAAGAUGACUUCAUGCGACUCUGGAAGGGACUCUACUAUUGCAUGUGGAUGGCCGACAAGCCCCUGAUUCAGGAAGAACUUGCUGAAACGAUUAGCUCUCUAGUCCACAGUUUUGAUCUUACUGCUCCUGCUAUCCUAUUCAUUGAAACUUUCUUCAGAACAAUGUGCAUUGAAUGGCCAGGCAUUGAUCAGCAUCGUCUGGAGAAAUUCCUCAUGUUUGUCAGGCGGUUUUUGAGGCAAAGUUUAGUUUUGGUGGAGCACCAAAAUUGGAAUUCGCAACUAACAGACUCACUUUGUGAGGUCUUCGAAUCAACUUUGUUACCUGAUCAUGCAAACCUUCCCAAAUCUGGAGCACCUCUAGGCCUGGUUAUGCACUUUGUAGAAAUAUUUCUUGAAGAACUUGCUAAAGUGUCCAAGGGAAAAUUAAACGAAGCUGUGUUAUUACGUGUUCUUAGAGUUUUUGCUCAACAUAUUGCAGCUGUUCGUGAUGCUCGCAUGCGAUCUCACAUAACUCGGCACAUAUUUAUCAGAUUAAUUGAGCAAUCACCUGUUGGAUUGGAAUUCCAGGAUAAAUUUAGAGCAUGGCAAAAGCUGGGUUUUCCUGGAGGUUCCAUUGAUGUGAUGGAAAGAGCAGAUGAUGAAGCCAAUGAGGAAUCUGAUGAGGGGUCUUUAGAAAAUGACCAUGACAAUAGUGAAGGUCCUCUUGACCCCCGUGCUGGUGCAGUUCAUGUAGAGCUUCCUUUGAUAAGUUUUGAUGCUGCAAGUAUCGCAAAACUUCUGGGAGAGUUUCGCUUUAAGAAGUACACUAAUGCUAAGACCAGGAAGCACAUUGCUGACUUGAUCAAUAAAUUUGAAGAUCUUGCCUCAGGUAACUGUCCAAUAGGCAUGAAAAAGGCACCUCAUGCUCCUAAAAUAAAUUUUAAGCAGCUUGCUCAAAAAGCUGCUGAGAAACUUUUGAAUUAUGAAUCUGAGUUGCUUGAUAAAGAAGACAGUGACAAUGAACAUCUCUCUGGAAGUGAUGUCGAAGAUCAGCUAGAAGAAGAAGGCAGUGACAAUGAACAUGCAUUUGGAAGUGAUGUUGAAGAUCAGCUUGAAAAAGAAGACAGUGACGAUGAACAUCUAUUCGGAAGCGAUGUUGAACAUCAGUGUGAAGAAGAAGAAAACAAUGGAGGCAGUGAGGAUGAUACUCUGAGAGAAAAUGAAAAAAUUGCAAAGAAACUUAAGAGACAAGGGAAAAGAAAAACCUCUGCACCUGAAAAGAAAAUUUCUAUUAAAAGGAAAGCUCCAUCAAAUGAUCAGAGUGAAGGGACAUCAUCUGAUAACAUAGUUUCUAAAGUUACCAAGAAAGUACAAGGUGACAAAACAAAAUUAAAAAAUAAAGUGUCCCCUGUAAAUUCUGUUUUCAAAACAGCUUCUGGCAGUGGAGUGGACGCUGAAGUGGAAAGAGUUGACAUGGUUCAGAUUUCAAAUGGAGCUGAUUCUAAAGUUCACGUUAAAUCAAUUGAUGAGGCUGAUUUGACUCAGAAGGUAGGUACAGGAGUACUUCUCCAGCACAUUGCACCACAUUUGACAGGAGCUAAGUCGAAACGAAGAGCAUCUUGUGGUGGAAGACUUGAAGUAAAUGCUGCCAAUGAUAUGGCCCAAGUUUCAGACAGCCCUUCCACCAGCCAAGGUAAAAAACUGAAGAAGAGAAAAAGUAUGUGGGAUGAGCCACUUCAAGAGGGUGAAUAUGAAAUAGUCAUCCCUAGAGAAGAAAUCAUGGCAAGGAAGAAGAGAUUAUCUGAUGCAAAUGUCUCACUUAGUACUCCAAAACGAAGUAUGAGGAAUCCUUUCGCAAGCCCAGCUCCUUCUUCCAAACCAAAUACACCUGGUAGCAGUAGCAAGAAAGUUAAUUUUGCACUUCAAAGAAAUAGAGCUCAAUGUGAAUCUGAAUACUAUCGAACUUUACGAGAGAACCCUGACGUACCAUAUGAUGCCAACAAGGAACCACCACGAGGUGUUCUCAAACCCAGUCCAUAUAGCAGUCCUGUCAAUCCAUUUUAUAAACAUAAUUUCCAUAUGUAGACAGUUUCUCCGUUAGUGAGGGUAUAGGUGAGCAAACAGAAUUUUUUUUUUAUGUCUUUUUUUUUUAUCUUGCUUUGCUUGAUAUUCUUUGAGGUACAAUGUCAAUUCUUUGUCAUUUUAAAAUCAAAUUUUACGGACAAAAAGGUUUAUCUUAAAUUAAUUGCCCCGAUGACUUGUUCUAACCUUCAUCCUAUAUGAAAGGCCAAUUCAAUUUUGGCCAUAGAAACAAUUACUGUAUAUAAAAAAUGUUUGGAGAAACACAUUUGAUUGUAAAAUAUAUCCUAAAAAGGAACUGAAAUAACAAGAUUUAUAUAACA